AUGCCACCUCCAAAGCAUGCCAAAAUUCUCAUCGCUGGAGGAAGCGUUGCUGGCCUUGCGCUAGCCAACUCACUUGAGAAAACAGGCAUCGAUUAUCUUGUUCUCGAACAAUGGCAUGAGAUUGCUCCUGAUGUCGGUGCCAGCAUUGGAAUUUUCCCAAACGGACUUCGCAUUCUGGACCAGCUUGGUUGCUACGACGCUAUCACAGCGUUGAAUGAAGGCCGCGAUGCGUUCGAUGUGAUGAAGAUGAGAAAUGAGCAGGGCAAGACAGUAUUCAGUAUGGAGAACCCAUCGCGAGAUUUCGUUGAACGGCUUGGUUAUGAACCCAUUUUCGUGGACCGGCAAAUUCUCAUUCGAGUAUUAUACGAGAAUCUGAAGGACAAGUCCAGGGUCCUCAUUUCGAAAGGAGUUACCAACGUCGUGCAGACAUCAGAUGGCGUACAGGUCGAGACAAAAGAUGGGGAUUUGUUUACAGGAGAGAUUCUUGUAGGAGCUGAUGGCAUUCACAGCGCUGUUCGCCGUGAAAUGUGGAGGUUGGGGAACGCGGAUAGACCAGGCUAUUUCUCGCGCCAGGAACGAGAUGAGGUCGCUACUGAAUUUUGCUGCAUUUUCGGAAUCUCCAAGUCCACGGAUAAGUACCAACAUCACUCGGCGCAGUAUGUGAUGAGUCAAGGCCACUCGUAUCUUUUGGCUAGCGCUCCUGGAAAUCGUAUGUACUGGUUUCUGUUCAAGAAACUGGAAAAGACUGUGUAUGGACUAUAUGAACAGAUCCCACGAUACACAGAAGCAGACGAGAAUGCGCUAGUCGAGAAACACGCAAACGAUCCAUUGGGAGAUGCCUUAUGCUUUGGCGACGUGUACAGGCUACGAACGGCAGCAACGCUCCAGGCUUUGCCAGAAGUCGUGUUUUCAAAGUGGCAUUAUGGCCGAAUCAUCACCAUUGGCGAUGCUGCACACAAGUUCAACCCAAUCAACGGUCAAGGUGGAAACAGUGCUAUCGAGGACGCGGCAGUGCUCACCAACGAACUAUUCACCCUACUCAAAGGCAAAGGCAAAAACGCCGAUGUCACCACGGAAAAUAUUACAACGGCCUUCGCAAGCAUGCAAGCGAAACGUCAGAACCGCGCAUCCAGGAUGAUGAAAAAGGCUCAUACUACCCAGAGCGUUCAAGCAAUGGAUUCACUGUCUUCGAAACUUAUUGCCAGAUACAUCAUACCACUCGCUAAUAAAGAGCAUGGUCUGGAGGCGCUGUUAAGCGCGUCGCGACCAGCUGCACGACUAGAAAUGCUCGCAGUCCCGUCAAGACCACACUACGACUCUUUCUAUGACGAGCGUCCUGCUAGGCCACUCAAAAAAGGGUAUUUGACGACGGUGCGACUCAUCGCGUCUGGAGUGUUCUUAGUGUUGAUCUAUAUGGCGACGCAGAAUAUGAAACGAUCGCACACACUGCAAACAAGCAGCUAUGGAAGAGUGGAAACAAAAACAUAUACAGGCGUCGAGCCACUCGAUCGCAUAAUCAAUAUGAAUGCCGCUAACUCUGCAGGUAUGGCUAACUGGAGCGACACUGGCCAUACUCUGCAAUUCUUGUACCUCGCUUCGUGGCUAGCACCACUCCUUCUCGUCUGGUUCGUUGAAGGCCAUCGCUAUGGCGCACGAGGCACGCUCAUCGCAUGGCCAACGUCCUACGGUGUUUUCAUGCAUGUCUUCAGCAUCGCUAUCACUGCUCCCGUUUAUUGCCUGGCAAGCAUAUGGAUUGCUGCCGGCGAGUCUUAUACUCCCGGUAUUGGUCGACAUAUCCCGUCAUCCACUGCUCGAGGCCUGUUGCCAUCUAUCGUCCUUGGCUAUGUUGCACCGAUGUUGCUCAUGUUUAUCCCAACUACCAUCUCGCACUUUCAGGGAUCUGCUGUAAUGUGGCAGUUUGCCGCUAUUUCUAUCAGCUUUCUGGUCUUUGCGUUUUCGAAAAGUUUAGCACCAGGCAAGCAGGGAUCUUCGGACUCUUAUUCCAGCGAUGCUCCCCAUCUUCUGAAGGCGUACAAGGCUUCGUUCCUCUUUUCACUCCUGUAUCAUUUCUUCACUAUUUCAUACGUUUUAUGUUCGCGCGACCCUGCAAUCUCAUUCUCACGCUUAAUUUUUGCUGCACACAACUCUCCUGGGUCGUGGAAUGACUCUAGAGAGGGUAUUUUCUCGUUCAUGAAGCAAGAGCUUCUCUUUAGUGCCCUUGCUAUGGCUCUGUAUGGGAUGUAUAAUAUAUUCGACUUGCGCCGCAGAGGUUUAAUAACAACAGAUGAAGCUGUGUCUGUUUCCGUUAAGUUUCUUGGUGGGCAAUUAGUGCUUGGACCUGGGGCUGCGUUAGUGGGUUUGUGGUGGUGGAGAGAAAAGAAGAUUUUGAGUAUAAGCUUGGAAGGAAGUGCUGAGUUCUACAACACUUACUACAGAUGA